ACUUGCUGAGAACCAAAACGACUUUGGAUCGAGAGGAUCGCUCAGGUUUAGCUAUUUUUACACCUUAAGUUCUCCAUUAUUUCAGUCAUUCGAUGUUUCUUCCUAACACUUGGAUGCUUAUGUUGGUUGUCUAACGUGUUGAACCCAUUUCUCAGUUUCCGUUCGCUUAGACUCUGUUUUCUCCGGUAUGUGUUGCGUUAAGAUUCUGCUACUUGUUUGUGUGUUAAAAUCUGUUAAGAACCUCCCACCGGUUCUUGGCUCUCAGUGAUUUUCAUGGAAGAGAGCUAGAUUUAGUCGCCUUAUUUCUUCUUUUAUAUGCUCUGUUUUCCUCCAUUGUGACUUUCGCUUCUGAUGUGUUCAGCGUAAGUAUCAUGUUUGGGGUUUAGUUGCUUGCAUUGGGGCAUCUUUGAAAAAGAUCAGUUGCAAGGCUUCCGGGAUUCAUGCGCUUUACUGCCCAUUCCUUGAGUUAGAGUUCCCCUAGUCAGGGAAGUGCCAUGACUAUCACUCCGCUGAAGUUUUUAUGGCAUCUUGUUUGAGAGCUUAGUUUAAUGUUUGAACUGAGACUCUAAUGUAUUGGUUGAUAUCAUGUUUGGGAGAUAUUCGGGCGGGCUUGCAUACCAGGAUCAUCUAGGGAGGACGCUUCUCAUCUGUGAACUUACACUGAGAAAAAUGUCUGGAGAUGAAGCUGUUGGAGAUGAGGCUGCUAGUGCCCCUCUAGGUGAGACCUUGGACCUCAUGACAGCUUUGCAGCUUGUCCUGAGGAAAUCAUUGGCUCAUGGUGGACUUGUACGAGGCCACCAUGAAGGUGCUAAGGUGAUUGAGAGGCAUGCUGCCCAGCUCUGUGUACUGGCAGAUGACUGCAACCAGCCUGACCAUUUUAAACUUGUCACAGCGCUUCGUGCUGACCAUAAUGUCAGCCUUAAAUCAGUGCCUAGUGCUAAAACUCUUGGUGAAUAGGCUGACCUGCUUUACGUGUUGUUUCCUUACCCAUUCUAUCAUUUCAUUAUUCCCCAUUCACAUCCAUCCCUUCAUACCCCAAACUUCCAAAUACCCACGCUGCCACCUUUUCUCUCUCUAUCCCCCACUGCCACAUACCCAUUUUUCCUCUUACGCCCACUUCCAUACCCAUCAUCGUUAUCUUCGUAUCCAUCAGACCCUCCACUGUCUUCAGCAUUAUAUCCUAACUUCAGGCACUUUCCGACAUAGAAAAGGACACCCACCUGAAACCUGCAAUAAAUCUCAAUGAAGUUGGCGUUUUCAAUAUGCUCCGUCUCGUACCGAAUUCAAGACCUCAACCAAACCCUCCCGUUCUGCUGAUUAUCUGACGUCUUCAAUGUCGAUGAUGUCGCCAUCAAGAAGCAACACCGACAUGUUGACGUUCGGGACAGGACCUCCACUUCAUCUUUCACUUCGCGUGAUCUACAUGUAUCCUCUUCUUCCGCCGCCCUAGUUAAUGCUAUUCCGGUGGUUAUUGUCGUCAUCUCCAACGUACUUCAUGCCUAACUCAUCUCCGGCACUGUGGUCUCUAUCUCUAACCCGAAGUGAUCCGUGACGAUGAAGAGGAUAAGCCCCUUGAACCCAGCAAAUGUUUCUGCUGUGGCAACGGUGCACAGUCGGCAUCUUGGAGUGGUGCUCCAAGCAGCUUCCGAGCUCACGGUGGCUGCUAACUACCCCGCAACCCAUUCACAACCAUCAUUGCCGACGCCCAUGCCGGUGACGCCGCGAGGAGGAGCACGAGAUGGAGGGAGUUCAUUCUCCCGGAAGCACUUUUUUUUUUAUGGCGAGGAUCGGGAUUCGAGACCCCAACGGCGCCCAUGGACUGCCGUUUGUUGUUGUCCGGGAUGACGUGGACGCGCCCUCAACUUAGAAAGCUACGGAGUGGAAGUAUGAAGACAGGGCUGCUAAGGAAAGUGCAUGCAUGCAUACGCUGCCUUUAUCCUUUAUUUUUAUUUAUUUAUUUAUUUUUUUGCUUCCUAUUUACGUACUUAGUUUAUUCUUCUUGCCUGUUAUUUUUUUUUGGGGGGUUGCCAGGAAGCCUAAGGUCCAUGGACAUCACCUGAAGGGCUUUCUCCUCCUUGGGCCUACCUUUGAGUGCAUCUCACUUAGUAUGGACAUCUUGAUAUACAAGCCCAUUGGACACUUGUUUUCCUUUUC